GGAGUUAGACAAGGCUCCGAGCUGACGCUCCGCCGGAAGGCGGCCUGCGGCGCGCUCCUAGCAGGAGCUGCGCAGGCGCAGCGUCGGGUGGGUGUGGCUCCCGGCUCAGCGCCGAGCUCCCGCCGAGGCGACUGGCUCAGAGGCAGGAUAAUGCCAAGAAAAAAAAACCAGUUAGCUCAUCUAAAUGCCGUCCAAAGAAAAUCCACCUUGCUUCCAGCUGAAAUUCCUGGAACCCUGGCAGUUGAUCCAGAUGGGAAUGCCUCUCCAUUAAGCAGCAAAUACUUCAUAAUAGAGAAGAACACUUCUCAGCUUGGGUCUGACUACUUUAACCAACCCUGCAUCAGCCUGGCUAAGUCAGUUCUCGGACAGAUUUUAGUUCGUAAACUUCCUGAUGGCAGAGAACUCCGGGGGAAGAUAGUGGAAACAGAGGCUUAUCUGGGUGGGGAAGAUGAGGCUUCACAUUCAAAAGGUGGGAAGCAAACUCCAAGAAAUGCAGCAAUGUUUAUGAAGCCAGGAACUCUGUAUGUGUAUCAGAUCUAUGGGAUCUAUUUCUGCAUGAACAUUUCCAGCCAGGGUGAAGGAGCUGCAGUUCUGCUCCGUUCCUUGGAACCACUGGAUGGCCUGGAUGUGAUGCAGCAGCUGCGAAGUUCUCAGAAGAAAGGGCAGCCCAAACCCCUAAAGGACUGGCAGCUGUGUAAUGGGCCCUCCAAGCUCUGCCAAGCAUUUGAUAUUAACAAAGACUUUGACCAAAGAGACCUAGCUCAGAACCCUGCGAUCUGGCUGGAGCCUGGUCCAGAAGUGCCAGGAGAGCAGGCUGUGGUGACUACAGCCAGGAUUGGCAUUGGCUGUAGUGGAGAGUGGGCACAGAAACCUCUGAGGUUUUAUAUACGAGGAAACAGGUGUGUGAGCAUUGUGGACAAAAGGGUAGAGAGGGAGACUGAGUGCUCGUAUGAUUUACCUGUUGCACAGGGGUGAGGUGGCAGCCUGGUGCACAACUGGAUUUUUCCUUUUGUUAACACUCAGCCCAAGCUAUGGCUUGACAGGAACAAUGAGGGAAAGGGGACUGAUUGAUUGAUUCAGGAGAUUUUUUUACAAUAAAUAUUUUGCUAGUGUAUAGGGUCAGGUAGAAAGUCUUGUCAGUGAUGAGUCUGGGGUACAUACAUGCUCACCGAAGUCAGAUCACUUGGGGGUUCUCUGAAUGUAGCUGGGUUUGGGGUAUAGGCAUUGAGAGAAGGACACUUUCCUUUCUGGUGAAUUAGUCUGGAUUAUAAAAACAAUGCAUGUAGCCUGCCACCCUGUGACCCAGUACUUUAAAGUGCCUUGCCCUGCAGACUUAACGCAGGGCAAGGCAGGAAAAGCUGCCAGGUGAAGGCAGUUGCCAGAUUCCUGGCAGGGGGAGCCUCAACCUGCCCUCCAUUGGGGAACCUUGUAACUCGCUCCCUGGUAGCCCAUUUUUGGCAUUGGGACUGGGACUGGGCCUGUCCCGAUCCUGAUGCUGACCCUCAUGUCAAUGCCACCAUCACAUUUUGUUUAUAGCAUCAUAUAAAUGAGCCUCAAAGAUG